AGACUGGCUCCCGGCUCGGCGCGGCGCGGCUCGGCCCGCUCGGCCCCGCCAUGUCGCAGGUGCUGCCCUACGGCGAGGACAAGGUGGGUCGCUACGGCGCCGAGCCCGAGGCGGGGGAGCUGCCCUUCAGCUGCCGCCUGCAGGACACCAACGCCUUCUUCGGGGGCAACCAGGGCAAGCGGCCCCCCAAGCUGGGACAGAUCGGCCGCGCCAAGAGAGUGGUGAUCGAGGAUGACCGGAUAGACGAGGUGCUCAAGGGCAUGACGGAGAAGUCGCCAUCGGGGGUAUAAACCCAGAGAACCACCACCAGGACCCACGGAGGGGGGGGGGGCCAUGCCCACGCCCCCCCCCCACACCCCGGGGAGGGGGUACCGCACGCCGGGGGCCCCCGCUCCAUCCCCGCCUUCGGGGCCGCCCCCUCGGGCCAUGCACUUUACCCCCCCCCUUCCCCUGGGCAGAGGGACCCCCCCCCCCAAAAAAAAAUAUACCUUUAAGGUGUGGGGGGGUCGGAGCGGACUCGGAGCGCUGCUGCUGCCCGGAGAUAUUCUUUGCUCCAUCGUUUUCUGCAUGAGCUUUGGUGGCCCGAGCGCCGUGUCCUGGUGUGCAGGGUCAGCCCCACUCCGGCACGCUUCUUUUUAACAGGAAAAAUCCUCAUAUUUGUAUUUUUA